AUGGUCGAAAAGGAAGACGUCGAAGCUCUGCUGAAGACAGGGUCCUGGAGGACCUCGCGCUCUCGGAGCCGAGAUCCCCGCGACUCAUACCGAGUGCGUUAUGAUGCGCCGUACGACCAUGCUAAGUCAACCAUUUCCAUCUCUUAUACCCUUGAGCGGUCUUCACGGCAGACGUGGCCUCCUCCUCCGACUGUCGAGGAUGAGGCCGUGGCAUUGGCAAAGGAGUAUCCGGGUAUGCGAGAAUGGCAGCCACCAGCUGAUGAAGAACCGAAGAACCGCGGUACAAUCGACCAAAUCCCCCUUUUUGAAGUCGUUCAUGAGUACAAUCCAGAGCGCCGAUUCAUAUACAUACCUGGCGCAGCAACCCAGGAAAGCAACAAUGUUAAUCAAGCUCGCUACGAGAACAAUACGUGCCGGAAAUUCGUUCUGGUAACUAAAGACAAAGGCACUGAUGAAAAGAAGGCGGUCGACGAGAAAGUUACCGCAAAAGGACAGGGCGUCAGCCAAGAGAAGAGCACUAAGAAACCCGACAGCCCUCCCAAGGUUGAGGUCCCAGAAGAGAAGCCAAAGACCGAGCUGCCGAAACGAAAAAGUCACCAGGAUCUACCCCGCCUCAACACAAAUCUUGUUGGUCAGGAGCAGCCUGUUCACCGUUCCAGCAGCCGACGUGGCCGAGAGAAACCAGUUGCAGACCAAGAUACUUUGAAGCAAAGCCAAACUAACAACCAACCAAGUGCGAAGAAAUCUGAUGGCGAUGACUUUAUCUCGCCAUCUGUCCAACAGACGAUCGGCAGGCGUGACAAGGCUUAUUGGGACUACCAUCUACCAUCACAGAGAAAAUCUGGCCACAGCCCAUCACGAUCAGAAGCUGGUGUGGAAGUGUCCGGCAAGAGACGGGCGGACCGUACCGGCUCUAAACAUCUAGCUACUCCCUCGAAUCGUCGUCGCUCAUCAUCUACACAUGGCAUGCCAAUCCGCAACAACUCGACUGCUGAGCAGCCACAAUCGUUCAUACAACUGGCUGAUAGUGCUUUCAACUUUGAUCGUGAUGCCCUUCUUGGGCGGUUUGCGCUUUCGUCAUGGGGCAAGAAUGAUAUCUACGGUUACAUGGAGCCGGGAGUGGAUUACAUGACUGGGGUCCGAGACAUAGCCCAAAACUCCUUCCCGCAAAGGGCUGCUCAGAUUCCUGAUCCCCAACUGCAUCCCCGUGGUGCCAGAGAGAUGCCUUCAUCAUCGCCCUCGCGUAGACGUAACCGGAGACGGGAAGUCCAAGAGCGAGAGCGUUCGUCAAGUGAUGAGGAAGCCUACAAGGGAAAGCCGCCCCGUCAUUCGGAGUUGCCAUAUCCCAGUACACCUGCACUAGAGCUUGAGGAGCCAGCUCACAGCUUGGAUGCAGCAUGGCAGCCAAGUGCCAAGGGGUUGGGCCCAAUCCCGCAGUUAGCUCCUCCCCCCUCCGGAGGAUACCAACGAGAGAUUUCACCGCCGCAGAGCUCCCGGCCUGAGCCGAUGUCGGUAGGAAGGGCUCGACGGAACAACGACCUCUCUGAAUCACCUGCUGCGAGUGGUUCAUCGCCAAGGAGAAGCACACAUAGCCUCAUAAUCGGACCAGAAAAGUCUCCCAGAGACCAGAGUGUCGAUUUUCUGCCAAGCGCGUCGAUGUCAGUGCGCCCCGCCAGGCUCACUUACAGCCGCAACCAUGCCAUUACAGAGUUCACCCCAUCUGCUUCAGCUACCUCCCUUCUCUCACUGGAUUCAUCCACGGAUACACCACCCCUACUUGAUUGGCAGCCGGGUAAUCUGGAUGAAAGAAUUCUCAAAAGAUCUGGUGGUGGGCGCUUGAAGCUAGAGCUAGACCGGCUCUCCGACUGCCCGUGGAAAUACCCCAUGGUUGUUACCUAUCCGGGUAUCAAUAAUCAGUUUGUGGCGCUGAAUACUGCUGUUAUCGACUUCACAAUCUGUGUGGAAUGCUAUUGGAGGCAUUUUCAUGAGACGGAUUAUCAGGGCCUCUUUGUCGCCGCACCCAGCCGACAGGUCGGCCAGUUAAUUUCUUGCGACUUCGGCUCCUCAGUCUGGUACCGCAUCGCCUAUAUUUUGACUAAGGAGCAAAAACUUCCAGAUCUACGCUUGAUGGAGCACAUUGCAUAUGUUGCAGCACGAACCGAGCCUUGCACAGGCACUCAAUUCCUCCCGCGCAAUUGGUACAGCAUCCAUCACCGUGACCCCGCAUAUGGCUACGUUGAGGAGUUCAAUGUCUGUCAGAGAUGUGUCAGAAUUCUUGAAGUUCUUCUCCGCCCUUUUAAGGGCCUUUUUCAACCGAUUGCAGAAGAACUCCGUAGGAGCUCGGGUAUCUGUGAGAUGCACUAUGCACCCGACCGCAAGCGCUUCUUCACCUAUUUCCACAUCUUGCGAGAGGCGGCUGAGAAGGCACUCGAGCGAAGCGUUCCUGUUAACGUGAACGAGGUUGCAAGGCAACUUCGAGCUGUUUUAUUACACGAUGAGUGCAUGCGCGACGUGAAGGUACCAGAACGCGCAUGGUUUGUGCUAAAGCAGAUACCAGAGUUCACAGUCUGCGAGGAGUGCUACGACACCGUGGUGUGGCCGAUAAUAGAGGCUAAGCGGAAUAACGUCGUGGUCAGGAACUUCCUGGACAGACGGCAAGUCAGGGCCCAUGCGUCGUGCCAGCUGUACAGCGACCGUAUGCGCAAGGUGUUCAGGGAAGUAUGUGAGACUGGUGACUUUAAAUAUUUGGCGCAUGUGUUGCAGGACAGGAUGCAGGAGAUGUUGGAGAUUGAGAAGCGAUAUGAGCAGCUCAAGAAGGCGAAUCAAGCAGAUCCAGACGUGCAAAGGGAGUUGGCCGCGUUGGCCAGGAGGUUCAAGGAGAUCGAGUAG